CCAGGAACUCCAUCCUGAGCAAAGAAGCUUAGCCCUGAAGGGAGCCAACAGCCCCUCCCUCCUUCCACCACACUCCCAGGGACAGAAACUCUACCUUCUAGUGCUUUGACAACAUUUGGAGCACUUCCAAGUUCAUUGUUUGUGCUGCUUCAGCCUUGCUGCCUGCACCAUGCAGUCCUGUCAUCUCUUCCUCUUUCUUCUGCUCCUUCUCCCUGGGAUGUGGGCAGACCCAGAGGCAGAGCCACAGUUUCUUCAGCUGCUCCACACCAGUGUCUUCACCAUCAGCUCUGCUGACGUAUCAAUGGUGACUCUCCUGGAGGAUGUGGCCAUCUUGGCACUGGAUCCUGGCAACUGGAGCAUCCAUUUCCAUUGGCCCUGGGCCAGCCAGGCAACAGCUGAGGGUGAUGCAGAGAAGAUCAAGUCCCACUUAAAAUUCUUUCUGCGCAAUUUCAUCCAAUAUGUGCACAAAACGGCCCAGCAGGUGCAGCUAGACUACCCAUUUGUAAUCCAGAUCCGUGCAGGCUGUGUGCUGCACCCCAAUAAGACAAGCCGGGGCUUCAUGGAUGUCGGAGAAGGUGGCAGAGACCUCAUUUCUUUCAACGUGGAGAGGCAGCACUGGGAGCCCCAGCGGCCAUCCACCCUAGCAGAGCUGACCAGCUAUGGCCUCACCAGCAAAAAAGCCAUCACAGUGUUGCUGGUACACCUCCUCUCCACCUUCUGCCCGAGCUACAUGCUCACCCUGUGCAACUACGGAAGGGCUGAUCUGGAGAGACAAGAGCCUCCCCUGGCCACAGUCUUCGCCCACACGCCCAGCCCAGCCCAGCUCCUGCUGGUUUGCCGUGUCACCGGCUUCUACCCACGGUCAAUCAGCGUGGCGUGGCUGCGGGAUGGCCAGGAGGUGCCACCAGGCCCGGCUCUCAACACCAGUGCCAUCCUGCCCAAUGCUGACCUCACCUACCAGCUCCGCAGCGUCCUGGCUGUGUUUCCCCAUGACGGGCACAGCUACGCCUGCCGUGUGCGCCACCACAGCCUGGGCACCCGCACCCUCCUCAUCCCGUGGGAAAACCUCAGCACAGCUCCAACGGUCAGCAUCAUCAUCACAGUGCUGCUCCUUGUGGCCAUAGCCUUUGGUGGGGUGGUUUGGUGGUGGAAGUGCAGGAAAGGUGCCGAGGCCACAUGGGAGACCCAGGAAUUCACUAUUUGAGACCUGGCUGCCUGCCCAGCAAUGAUAUCCUCACUACCAGCUCUCCAUGCUUAUGUCCCAUCCCUGAUGCAUCAGCAACAACAGGGAUUUGCUCUGGAAAACCACUAUAUUAAACAAACUUCCUCAGCUGCACAUGGCUCCUAUGGCUCUCACUCUCCUUCCCCCUCAUGAGGUCACCCGAGCAAACCAUCCAGUGAACCUCAGAGACCCCACAUUAUGGCCAGGAAGACUAUCCCUUUUUGUGGACACUGGCCGAUUUCCCUGGCACAUCAGGAGGAGCAAUUCAUCUGCCAACCUCUCCCACAUCUCGGCAUCCCUGUGGACAGUGUCUGUCCCUAACCCUGACCCAGGCCAAACCAGUGUGGGGACACUGAGUGGCAUGGGGGAUGGAGCAGGCCACAAAACGGAGAGAUGGAGGAAUCUGAGCUGUUUCACUGGGGACAGAAUGGGGAGGGGAGGUCCCAAGUGGCAUUUCCAAUCUCCUGACACGGGGAGGUGUUUCAAGCAGUUGCAAAGCUGCUCCAGCUACAGUGCUGAUCUCAUCCUCUGUCCAGGUUGGUCUUGGGUUGGGAUCUCCUCCACUCCUGACUCCUGCCCCUGCAAAAGCUGGAGUGAUGGGGAACAGUCACCCUCCCAGUAUGCCUGACGCCUAUGAAAAGCCAUGCUGAGGCUCUAGGGGACUCUGUAUUUGAGUGACAUGCUCCCAAGAAGGGGGUGCGGCAGGUUGACCUUGGCUAGCUACCCACCAAGCUGCUUUAUUACUGCCUUUCCUCAACUGGGCAAAGGAGGAGAAAAUAUGACAAAAGGCUCAUGGGUCAAGAUAAGGACAGGGAGGUCACUCAGCAAUUACCAUCACAGGCAAAAUAGACUUGGCUUAAGGAAAUUAACUUAAUCUAUUGCCAAUCAAAAUCAGAGUAGGAUAGUGAGAAAUAAAAACAAAACUAAAACCA